AUGUCUUUCACCGACUUUUCCAAGAUUGAAACCUUGAAGAAAUUGAACACCUUCUUGGCUGACAAGUCCUACGUCGAGGGUACUUCUGCUUCUCAAGCCGAUGUUGCCGCUUACAAGGCUUUCCAACAAGCCUACCCUGACUUCUCCAGAUGGUUCAACCACAUUGCCACUAAGUCUGGUCAAUUCGAGACCUUGCCAGCUGCUGCUACCAAGGCUCCAACCGCUGCUGCCGACGAAGAAGAAGACGACGACGACGUCGACUUGUUUGGUUCCGACGACGAUGAAGUCGACGAGGAGGCUGAGAAGUUGAAGGCCAAGAGAUUGGCAGAAUACAACGCCAAGAAGGCUGCUAAGCCAAAGCCAGCUGCUAAGUCCAUUGUCACUUUGGAUGUCAAGCCUUGGGACGACGAGACCGACUUGGAACAAAUGGUUGCCAACGUCAAGGCCAUCGAAAUGGACGGUCUAACUUGGGGUGCUCACCAGUGGAUCCCAAUUGGUUUCGGUAUCAAGAAGUUGCAAAUCAACUUGGUUGUUGAGGAUGCCAAGGUCUCUCUAGAUGAUUUGCAACAAGCUGUCGAAGAAGAUGAAGACCACGUUCAAUCUACCGAUGUCGCUGCCAUGCAAAAGUUGUAA